GGGGAGCUUUUGGAGAACUCCAAAAGAUCCCUGUCUCGGAAAAAGGUAAAUCCACCGUGACAAAGCCUGCUUAUUGUGUGGCGGCAAACAAAACUUCGGGUCAAAUGCCUUCCACCUGAUUGCAACCUCCCACAACCAGCUCAAAACGAACACCGCAGCCAGAAUGCCCAAGGCCGAAGUUGGAUCAACAAAGUACCUCAGCAACCGCAUGAAGUCCAAGGGGCUUCAGCGACUGCGCUGGUACUGUCAGGUCAGUCCCUACCCGCUUCCCACAACCCCUUCGCGAUGGCCAUUGCUAAUCCCUCGCAUCGCCAGGUCUGCGAAAAACAAUGCCGCGACGAAAACGGCUUCAAAUGCCACACACAGUCCGAAUCCCACGUCAGACAAAUGCUCGUGGUAGGCGAGAAUGCGAAAAAGCACAUCGCCGAUUACUCCAUCCAGUUCCAGCGGGACUUUUUGCUGCUCCUGCGCACCUCGCACGGCGAAAAAAAAAUCAACGCGAAUCACUUUUAUCAGGAAUACAUUGCGAACAAGGAACACAUUCAUAUGAAUGCUACGCGAUGGACGAGUCUCUCGGAAUUUAUCAAAUUUCUUGGGCGUGAGGGCAUUUGCAGAGUUGAGGAGGGCGAGAGGGGGCUGAUGGUCAGCUGGGUAGAUAAUUCUCCGGAGGCGCUGCAGAGGCAAGAGGCUAUUCGGAAGAAGGAACGACAGGACCGUGGCGAUGAGGAGCGAGAGCAGAAGGCACUGAAGGAAAUGAUUGAGCGUGCAAAUAGGGGUGCGGAGAUGGGUGGAAAGCUCGGGAAUCAUGGUGCCCCGAACGAGUUGAAUCGAGAAGAGGGUGAGAGGAUCAAGUUAGCUUUGAGUGCGAAGAAAUCUGCAUCACCCACACCAGCCGAAUAUUCGAGCAAAGAUACCCCGGUCGAAGAGGUCAAGCCCGAUACCAAAGGAAAGGUGCCCAUUAAAAUGGCCCUGAACAAGCCUAAAAAUGUGUUUGCGACUGCAGGCAAGAGGAGGAAGGAGGGUAAGAAGGACAAAGAUGGGAAGGAUGGAGCUUCAGAACAGCCAAAGCGGCCUAUGAGUGAAGCGGAGAGAAUCAUGAAGGAGGAGUUGGAAAGGAAGAAGUUGCGAGGUAAUGGAUUCACCGGGCCCGGGUUCAAGAGACAAAAGGUUGCCUAGAUUUCACUCUGUUCUCAUCUAUUUUCUUUUCAUCUGCUGGUGUUUCUUGUAUUUCUGAGCUCGAUAGGUUUUAUGGACAUGCAUGGGAGCUUAUUUUUUAGGUGUUUCGCGAGCUUAGGGCUCGUCAUAUGUAACUUAGUCUAGCUAUUCUAGUCUUGCUCUAAUUGAUGCCUACAAAUAAGCAGAAAGUUGGUCAACCGGUUUUUGUAAUUCUUCAGUAAGAUGAGAGCAGCCUGGGUAUGCUCGUACGUACCGUACUCUCUACAGUACUCUGCGGUACAGUACGAGUACGAGUACAUUCAUAGUUCGGUGGUGGCAAUCGCCACAUUUCGUGGAGCCGCGUUGCCAACCGCUAAAAUCCACAGGCAGUCCUAGACCCGUGCUGUACGGGUACUGUACAGCACAGGUAUCAGCCAGCCCAGAGUACUCGAGUACUGUGCUAUAGUCUACCAGAUCAUUUGAGUGAGUUCAAUGUCGGU